AUGUAUCACGGUAUUAUUCACAACCUCAAAGUUCAUUACCGCAAGCUGGUAAUUAUGCAUAAACUGAAAGCCUAUGAUGAAAAACAAGACCUGAAGAUAAGUGUGCUCGAUGCUUUACGCAUGGUCAAUCAGGCAUGGGUAAAUGUAACGCCUACCACAAUUAAGAACUGUUUCCGACACGCAGAGUUUACAAAACCCGAUGGCCAGUCAGAACCAAACAGUGAAAAUGACUCAGACGACGACAUUCCAUUAAGCAGACUGUAUGUACCAAUGGCGAACACCCAGAAAUUAUCUCCCCCUUAG